UUGACGCAGCGGAGGGAGGCUGUGGUGGCCUUGGCGGUGGCCUUGGCCUUAGGGCGGUGCGGAUGGAGUCACCCAGGGUCUGCUAGAGGCGCCGCAGAGAGCCACUGGAGAACCAGGGAAGCCCGCCACUGCCUCCGGGGCAGUAAGACAGCCCAGCUGGAGCAGGGAGAUGUCGGUUAAAGAUUGCUUCAGUCUGACCUAUCCUCACAACCCCCACCCAGGAGACUUGAUUGAAGUGUUCCGUCCUUGCUAUCAGCACUGGGCCCUGUACUUGGGUGAUGGCUACGUUAUCAACAUUGUACCUGUAGAUGGCAUUCGCUCGUCAUUUACAAGCGCCAAGUCGGUGUUCAGCACAAAGGCCUUGGUGAAAAUGCAGCUUUUGAAGGACGUUGUGGGAAAUGACACAUACAGAAUAAAUAACAAGUACGACACAACAUACCCUCCUCUUCCCGUGGAGGAGGUGAUACAACGGUCAGAGUUUGUUAUUGGGCAGGAAGUAGCCUAUGACUUGCUGGUCAACAACUGUGAGCAUUUUGUGACCUUGCUGCGCUAUGGAGAAGGAGUGUCAGAGCAGGCCAACCGAGCAAUUGGCACCAUCGGAUUGGUGGCAGCUGGUAUUGAUAUCUUCACAUUCCUCGGCUUGCUUCCCAAAGGACAAAGAACGAAAUAUUAGCAGUUUAUUGAAGAGAUUGGAAUGAAGAAAUUUGUGAGGAGAAAAAAAUCCUGGGGUGAAUACUUAUUUUGAAUGCAUCAUUAUUGCUCGUGAUCCCCAUGAUGGAUGGCAGACUCUGUAAUAAAUUGCUUGCUGAUUUUAAUCUUAUCAUUGAGUCAAGAAAAGUUUUUCCCCAAUAGUAGAGAUUUGCCGUGAACAAAAUGCAAUUGCCUUUUGAUCGAGCCAGCUGAGGAUCUUAACAAAACCAAGACCACGUUUUAUCUUCUACUGUAAAUAUUGUUUUCCUUUUCCCUAAGGGCGGCUGUUUUGUCAGAGGUGUGGAGAACCAUUUACAUAUGCUGCUGAGAGACAGUUGUUAGGGACAUCUAAAUUCCUAU